AUCACCUUCAAACCCAAAACAAAAUCAGAUCAUAAAGAACCAAAAAUAAAAGCCAAAACGUUUUUAGACAUGGCACUCACAAAAGAGAGAAGAAGCUUGUUGGUUUCAAUGGUGUUGGUGUUCUUCUUCUUCAACUUUCACCAUCUUCAAGUCACGAGUUGUCCAGAUCAGGCGACGACAAACUGUACGGACCAGGACAGGAAAUUAUUGGAGUUUCCAUUGAAUUUGGAGUACCUUGAAGCUGAGUUUUUCUUGUUCGGAGCGUUAGGGCUUGGUCUUGAUAAAGUCGCACCAAAUCUAACAAUGGGAGGGCCAAGUCCUAUUGGAGCUCAGAAAGCCAAUCUCGAUCCUUUGACAAGAGAUAUUAUUUUGCAGUUUGCUUGGCAAGAGGUUGGCCACUUGAGGGCAAUCAAGAAAACGGUGAAAGGAUUUGCAAGGCCACAACUUGAUUUGAGUAAGAAAGCAUUUGCUAAAGUGAUGGAUAAAGCAUUUGGAGUAAAAUUUGUGCCGCCGUUCAAUCCUUAUGCCAAUUCUUACAAUUACCUCAUUGCAUCGUAUUUGGUCCCUUAUGUUGGUCUCACCGGAUACGUUGGCGCUAACCCUAAACUGCAAUGUCCAGCCUCAAGAAAGUUAGUAGCAGGACUUUUGGGAGUAGAAUCGGGUCAAGACGCGGUGAUUAGAGGUAUGUUAUAUGCUCGAGCGGCACACAUAGUCUAUCCUUAUGGUGUCACGGUUGCGGCUUUCACGGAUAAGAUUUCGGAUCUAAGGAACAAAUUGGGAAAAGCGGGUGUGAAAGAUGAGGGAUUGAUCGUACCUAAAUUCAUGGGUGCAGAAGGACAAGUGAUUGGGAAUGUAUUGGUCGGUAAUGAGCUCUCGCUUUCGUUUGAUAGAACACCUGAGGAGAUUCUACGGAUUGUGUAUGGAAGUGGAAAUGAAAGUGUUCCCGGUGGAUUUUACCCUAAAGGAGCGGAUGGAGAAAUCGCUAAGUCUUAUUUGGUUACUGUCGGGAGUGAGUGAGGUUUAGUUUUGCUUUGGAGUUUAAUUUCCUUUGUAGUUCUUAGGUUUUUGGUUAUAUAGGAGACUAAUGAAAAUAAUUGUCGUAUUAUUGUAAUAAAUGUUGUGAGAGUGACAUUUCCAUAAUCGAUAAAAAGUUUGAAAAAUUUAUAAUAGUUCUUUCGCCUAAAUUAUGAA